UGUCUGUUUUCACUCAAAGAGUGUUUUGAGUGACAAAAGUCAAGACAUGACAGACAAAGACAUUUACGACGAGAGAUACUUUCCUCCGAGUCUUCGGACAGCCGGUCAGUCGACGUAUAAAUUCAAGCAAUACUUCCACGAAAGCCAUUAUCAGAGGAAACCACAGAUCGAUAGCAUUCUGAACGCUGCAACCAAAGUGUGGACGACUACCUGUCAUAUGAUUGAACCCAAAGAAGUGGUGUUCACCGCAUCCAAACCCAGGAAGAAGGACUCGGAGGCCAUUGCUAUGGGGAAGGCAUUGAUGUGGUUGAGAGACAAUGACUUCGUUGACAAUGGUUUCAAUGCAAUCAAAUUGACAAACAAACAAAUUCAAGACUUUUAUCACUCGACUAAUGGUCCGAUUAGUAUCAAACCAAUUAGUGGUGGUCUUAAGGAUGAGAUGAAGAAGUUCUGCGACUCUUUUGACGUGAAUUUAAAGGAUAAAAUUGUUGACAUUUGUCGCGCUUUUCGACAAAAAGAAUUUGCUUUCAAUAGUUGUGACGAAAUCUCGACUGAAGAAGAAGUGAAAGAGCCGUCGACUUAUGGAUCAGUUGUUCGCAAUGUCUUUAAUAAUACUGUAUAUGAAGAAAGUAGUGAUGAGCUUAUAAUUGAUAGGGAAUUGCAAUUGAAUUCAUUUAUCAACAAAAGAAAACGUCGGGAAGAAAGUGACGACAAUUAUCGACGACUUCGUGAGAAAAUAGGAGACCUUCCCAUCAAUAAGUUUAGGCAACAGAUCUUAGAAACGAUUGAACAAAACCGAGUUAUUGUGAUCACUGGAGACACGGGUUGUGGGAAAACCACUCAAUUGCCACAAAUGAUAUUCGAGAGUGAGAUCAGCCAACAAAGAGGUGCCUUCACUAACAUCGUGGUCAGUCAACCCCGCCGUUUGCCAGCCAUUGCUAUCUCACACCGAAUUGCUUCGGAAUUUGGCGAAGAAUCGAUUGGAAACUCGAUUGGAUAUCACAUUAGAUUUGACAAAACUCUUCCCAAACACUCCAAUGGAGUCAUUCUUCUCUGUUCCGCAGGAAUUCUGUUACGAAAGCUCGGCUCAAAUGCUGGUCUUAAAGGUGUCAGUCAUGUGAUCAUCGAUGAGGUUCACGAAAGAGACGUAAUAACAGACUUUUUGUUAGUUAUGCUCAAGAGAUCACUCAAUUUGAAUCCCAAUCUUCGAGUGAUUUUAAUGAGUGCUUCGAUGAACGCCCAACUCUUUUCCCAAUACUUUGAUUGCCCUCUCAUUGAAGUCCCGGGACGUUGUUAUCCCGUCAAUCAUUUCUAUUUAAACGAUUUCUCAUCUAAAAUAGCAAAUCGUAGUUCACUUCAGACUUUCUCUGAAAGGAAUCCAAAAGUAGACAUAAAUAUGACUAAAGAUUUAAUUGAUUACAUCGACCGUAAGAAAGGUGACGGCGCUAUACUAUGUUUCCUUCCGGGUUGGGCUGAAAUACAAGCCGUUUCCACUGAAUUAGAGAAACUAAAUAGCGGUUCAAACCAUUUGAUAAUAAUUCCUGUCCACUCGAAGCUUCCGAGUGCAUCGCAACAAAAGAUCUUCACGCGACCACCGGUUGGCAUAAGAAAAGUUGUUUUGUCGACAAAUAUCGCCGAAACGUCGCUUACGAUCGAUGAUGUCGUUUAUGUAAUCGAUUCCGGAUUAGCCAAAGAAAUGCGUUUUAAUACACGGCUUAAUGUCUCAAGUUUUGGCACACAUUGGAUAUCCCGAGCAAAUGCUAAACAGAGAAGUGGUCGCGCGGGUCGGGUCACAGAAGGCCAAUGCUUUCGUAUGUAUACUCGAGACACAGAAUCAGCGAUUAUGGAUGAGUUCCCGACCGCUGAGAUCUUGAGAGUUCCCUUAGAGAACGUGGUGAUGACCGCUAAGUUUCACUGUCCCGACGAACCUAUUAAACAGUUUCUGUCAGCAGUGCCACAGCCGCCCACCUUUGAAGCCAUCAAUAGAGCCAUCGAGUUAUUGAAAGGUUUGAAAAUUCUGGACGAAAAGGAAAAUCUAACAGUUUUAGGCAAAAGAGUCGUCAAUUUUACAUCAGAUCCAAGACUUUCUGUAGCUUUAGUUUAUUCUUCAUUCUUCUCAUGUGUCAAAUCAAUGCUUCCAAUUGUGUCACAAUUGAGUACAAACCGCGAGCCCUUCGAAGUGAUGUCAACUGAGAAACUUCUGGUUCGACAGACAAAAGAUUCCUUUUCUUAUGAUAUAAUGUCGGAUCACAUCCCGUAUGUGGACCUCACUCUAGAAUACCAACAAAUAACUAACAGCGGGACUGAUGUUGACUUGAUUUGCUAUAUUGAAGACAAUCAUUUGCAUCGAUAUUCAAUGAACACUAUUUUAGAAACUAUGAAACAAUUGGCCUCUCAUUUAGAAGAGUCUCAAUUCAUAACGAGAAACAGUUGGAAAAGCAUUACAAGUGACGUGAAUAUCAAUUGGCACCGAAAAUAUCUGCUUACCUGUGCUUUAGUGCCGGCUUUUGUCUCCAAUUGUGUGCGUCUCUUGAGAGGAGAGGUAAGGAACCAGAGAAUCAAAGACAACGCCUUAUAUCCGAUUGAUGUGAAGAAUGGAUCGAAAGUGAAAUUCACGGCCGAA